UUGCAUGUGAUGUUUGCGGUGAGUGCGGCGUUGUAGAAUUGGCCUGUCGACGUAUUUCAAUUAAAAAUCAUAAAUGAUGUUAACUCUUGGACCAAAAAAAGACGGUGGACCAAAUACCAAAUUUUUCGAAUCACCAGAUGUACUCGCGCAAUUAGACGGCGUUAAACAGUGGCUUCUAAAAAACUGCAAAAAAUAUGUUGCUACAGAUCCACCAACGAACAAAAGUUUAGCAGCCCUUGUGAUUCAACUGAUCGAAUUCCAAGAGUCUUAUCUUGGAAAAAAUGUUUCGAAACCACCGUUAACGAGACUCCCAAUGAAAUGUUUCUUGGAUUUCAAACCAAAUGGUGGGCUCUGCCACAUUUUGGCGACAGCCUACAAAUUCAAAACGGAGCAGACCUGGCGAAAGUUUGACUUUAAUGUACCAAAAUCUGGGUCUCGAUUAGACCGUAUCGUGGAGAUGAUGAGAAUGGCAGAGCGUGCCCUUCUGGAGAAUCGCUGUCUGAGCAUUCCCUGUGUCUACGUGCGUCCAGAAGUUGAAAAAUCAACAGCAGCCAAGGUGAAGGACUCAGUGCGUCGUCACCAGGGUACAAUAGCCGAGACCGAGGGUGAAGCAUCUCACAUAAUCUAUCCAGCAGUGGAUCCAACAGAGGAAGAGUACGCCCGUCCCACGAUGCGUCGUGAUCGUUCAGUUUUACUUCACUGGUACUACUUCCCAGACAGCUACGACUCCUGGACGACCUUUGAUCUUCCCAUUGAAUUUCCAGAGGGUGGCUUUGGUAUUUCAUCCCAGAAAUCUAAUUACAGAGUAACAGCAACGUGGGCACUAGACUUGGAUCAGUACAAUGAGUGGAUGAAUGAGGAGGAUUACGAGGUUGACGACAGUGGACAGAAAAAGGUCCACAAGUACAGACUUACUGUUGAGGACUUGAUGUCUCAGCCAUCGCAUCCACCAUCAUCAGCGAAAAAACCUAAACGAAAGCGUUCACCAAGUCCACCACCUAAAAUUGGAAAACGAAAGAGCAAUCGUGCCCCAGGAUUGGCAGCUGGCUCAUCAACAGUGGCAACCCCCAAGAAAACCAGAGGUGGUGGAGAGGAGGAAGAGGAUUUGACCCAAGGUAUGGAGGAUCCACCAGCAGAACCACGAAUUGUCGAGGUUGUGGCUAAUCCAUCGAAUCCCCCUGUCUCUGGACAAGGUGGCACCACUGGAAACAUGACAACUGGCAAUAAAAAACAGGACUCUGAGUUGCAACCUCUGAAAUCAGGGAAUAUGGCUGAUCUCGAUGAACCGCUUGACUGUGACAAGGGAUCACAGAGCACUCAGGAUCGUGAGGAGAGGGAUCACAGUAAAGAACGUGGAGAUAAUAAAGACGAGCCUGAGGAUAAUGUCACGGAGCAGACCCACCACAUCGUUGUUCCAAGUUACUCAGCUUGGUUCGAUUACAACUCGAUUCACACCAUCGAAAAACGGGCACUAGCUGAAUUUUUUAAUGGAAAAAAUAAAUCCAAAACACCUGAGAUUUAUCUAGCAUACAGAAAUUUCAUGAUUGACACUUACAGAUUGAAUCCCACGGAGUAUAUCACAUCGACAGCUUGCAGGAGAAAUUUAGCUGGUGAUGUCUGUGCUAUUAUGAGAGUGCAUGCUUUCUUGGAGCAGUGGGGAUUGAUAAAUUAUCAAGUUGAUGCUGAAUCUCGACCGACCCCCAUGGGGCCACCUCCAACGUCUCAUUUUCAUGUUCUGUCGGAUACACCGAGUGGUCUGGCACCAGUCAAUCCCAAUCCACCAAAAACACCACAACCAUCAGCAGCUAAAACUCUUCUUGAUUUGGAGAAGAAGCCAAUAAUCACACCUGAUGAGAAAGGUGCCAUUGGAGCGAUGGCUAACUUUGGAUUGAAGAUUGAUCAGUAUGCGCGUAAGCCAGCAGUAUUGAAAAAUAAACAGGCAGCUGGUGCAACAAGAGAUUGGACUGAACAAGAGACACUUCUUCUUCUGGAAGGUCUUGAGCUUCAUAAGGACGAUUGGAACAAAGUUUGUGAGCACGUGGGAUCGAGAACGCAGGACGAAUGCAUUCUUCACUUCUUGAGGCUGCCAAUUGAAGAUCCUUAUCUCGAAGAGGGUGGACCUGAGGGUCUAGGCCCUCUAGCUUAUCAACCAGUUCCGUUCUCCAAAGCUGGUAAUCCAGUGAUGUCGACUGUUGCAUUUUUAGCUUCGGUUGUAGAUCCCAGGGUUGCUGCUAGUGCAGCGAAAGCUGCGAUGGAGGAGUUCGCAGCUAUCAAGGAUCAAGUACCAGCUGCUCUACUUGAUCAGCACUUGAGGAAUGUUCAAGCUAGUGCCAAUACCGAUGGAAAAUUCGAUCCAGCAGCUGGGCUUGCACAAUCUGGUAUUGCUGGUACUGGACCACCGGAGCCACCAGAGGACAGCAGCAGUGCACCAAAUGCUGCCUCAGCUUCUCCACCAGCUGUUGCCACACCUGAGGGUAAAAAGGAUGAAUCUGAAAAACCAAAAGAAGCUGAUACUUCACCAGCUCCUGUGGUUGCUAAAAAGGAAGAAGGAACUGAGACUGAUGUACAACAAUUGGAGAAGAUGGAUGUUGAUGCCAAGGAGGUAGAGGCUGAUGCUAAAGCAAAGGUUGAUAAUCCUGAGGAGAUUGAGGCUAAGGAGAAGAAGGAUAAAGUUGUCAGGGAUGCUCAGCUUCAGUCAGCUGCUGCUGCUGCACUUGCUGCUGCUGCUGUCAAGGCUAAACAUCUCGCUGCUGUGGAAGAGAGGAAGAUUAAAUCUCUGGUUGCUCUGUUGGUGGAAACUCAGAUGAAGAAGCUGGAGAUCAAGCUUCGUCAUUUUGAGGAGCUAGAGACAACGAUGGAGAGGGAGAGGGAGGGACUGGAGUAUCAGAGGCAACAGCUGAUUACUGAGCGACAGCAGUUCCAUUUGGAACAGCUCAAAGCUGCUGAGUUCAGGGCGAGACAACAGGCGCACCAGAGGCUAGCGCAGGAGCAACAGCAUCAACAACAACAGGCACAGCAUCCACCCUGGCAGGGCCCACAGGCUCAGCAACAACCACCCAGUCCACAAUCACAACAACCACAACCACCCCCUCAUACACCACCGCAGCAGGCAUAACUUGACGAGAGAGAAACGGAAAAUAUAUCGCGGGCAUCGGACAUUUCAACAUCAUGAUGAGAGCCUUCAUUCAUUCUCUUAUCAAAUUCAGUUAUAAAAAGUGUAGGUGGACUCUAAAUAGUUUAUAAUGUUUCUCUGCGCAUUGGGUCCGGUUAAGGUGAAAUUCAUUAAAGUUUUCUUUGUGGAUUUUUAAGGAUUAUUUGUCAUUCUUUCAUUUCUUCAAUUGGAAAUUUCGAUGCAAUUUUAUACUGCAGGUUAGGUAGUAAUCGGAGGAUAUUUUGAAGAAGGAUUUCUUCGGCUUUAGUCCAAUUAUUGAUUUCAUUAUAGGUAUUUUUCAAAACGUACAUAAUGUGACAAAUGAUUUAUUGAAAAUUUCCAACUUCGAAUUUACCUGUGACUCAGAGGGUUAAGUCUAGCAUUUAAUGGAUAGUCCUUAAGUUCUACUCUUUUCUAUUUUUCUUUUCCUCCUUUCUUAAUUUCUUCCAGUUUCAAGUAUUGAAUACAAAGAUAGUUAUUUAGUGGUAAUGAAUGAAAUGAAAAAAAAAAUAGUUUUUAUAAAUCUCGAAUUUUUCAGUUAAUUUAGAUCAAAUUAAUUACUUGUAAACAUAUUCUGAAUUUUCCCGAAUAUUCCAAACUUCGACAAUUAAAGAGAAACCAACGAAUUUCUUAAUUGCAAUUGAUUUUUAUUUUUUCUCGGUCAUUCCCUUUACUUAAUAAAUUAUCAGGAUUCACCUGUGAACAAUAAUAUCGACUUUUACUUAUUCUUUUCAAUGAAUUAUAAACACAGAAAUGGGAAUUUAUUAGAUCAUUAGUUAGAGUCAAUAGCAGGACCACUGUACAUCAUUAAACAUCGAUUCUUAAUUAAUUAAUGAAAAUAAUGAAGUAACUCCCCCAUCCAUAAUUUUCAUUUGUAGACGAAAAUGAUUUUCACCAAUCGCAAGAAAAUCGUUUGUAGAUAAAGAAUAAAAGAGUUUCAUCUUUGCA